GCAGGCGCAGUGUGCGCAGUGUCAGCCGUCCAGUGCUAGUGGCUGGCGCGGAGUUUCUGGCUGGCUCUUGCCGACCCGGUGCGGGUGGUGGCGGCGGCGACUUCCCGUCUCCGUGCCAUCCGACCUGGGAGUCCGUGGACCGCGGCAUGAGGCGGUGACCGAGCGCGGGGCCGAGCGGGAGGCGGCCGUGGCCGAGGUGUCUGAGGAGGAGGCUACCUGUGUCAUUAUGUGUGCGUCGGUCAAGUACAAUAUUCGGGGUCCUGCCCUCAUCCCAAGAAUGAAGACCAAGCACCGAAUCUACUACAUCACCCUCUUCUCCAUCGUCCUCCUGGGCCUCAUCGCCACAGGCAUGUUUCAGUUCUGGCCCCACUCCAUUGAGUCCUCCGGUGACUGGAGUGUGGAGAAGCGCAGCGUCCGGGAUGUGCCGGUGGUCAGGCUGCCAGCCGAGAGCCCCAUUCCAGAGCGGGGAGAUCUCAGCUGCAGAAUGCACACAUGUUUUGAUGUCUACCGCUGUGGCUUCAACCCAAAGAAUAAAAUCAAGGUGUACAUCUACUCCCUGAAAAAGUAUGUGGAUGACGCAGGUGUCCCUGUCAGCAACACCAUCUCCCGGGAGUACAAUGAACUGCUCACAGCCAUCUCAGACAGUGACUACUACACAGACGACAUCAACCGAGCCUGCCUGUUUGUCCCCUCCAUUGACGUGUUGAACCAGAACACCGUACGCAUCAAGGAGACGGCGCAGGCCCUGGCCCAGCUUUCCAGGUGGGACCGAGGUACAAAUCACCUACUGUUCAACAUGUUGCCUGGAGGUCCCCCAGAUUAUAACACUGCCCUGGAUGUCCCUAGGGACAGGGCACUGUUGGCCGGCGGUGGCUUUUCUACAUGGACCUACAGGCAAGGCUAUGAUGUCAGCAUUCCUGUUUAUAGUCCCCUGUCAGCUGAGGUGGCUCUUCCAGAGAAAGCUCCAGGUGCCCGGCGGUACUUCCUCCUGUCCUCUCAGAUGUCUGUCCAUCCUGAGUUUAGAGAGGAGCUAGAAGCCCUCCAGGCCAAGCAUGGAGAGUCAGUGUUGGUCCUUGACAAAUGCACCAAUCUCUCGGAGGGCAUGCUUUCUGUCCGCAGACGCUGCUACCAGCACCAGGUCUUCGAUUACCCUCAGCUGCUACAGGAGGCUACUUUCUGUGUGGUCCUUCGUGGCACUCGGCUGGGCCAGGCGGUGCUAAGCGAUGUGCUACAGGCUGGCUGUGUCCCAGUUGUCAUCGCAGACUCCUAUAUUCUGCCUUUUUCUGAAGUUCUUGACUGGAAGAGAGCAUCUGUGGUUGUACCAGAAGAAAAGAUGUCAGAUGUGUACAGCAUUUUACGAAGCAUUCCACAAAGACAGAUCGAAGAGAUGCAGAGACAGGCUCGAUGGUUCUGGGAAGCAUACUUCCAGUCAAUUAAAGCCAUUGCCCUGGCAACCCUGCAGAUCAUCAAUGACCGGAUCUAUCCAUACGCAGCCAUCUCCUAUGAAGAGUGGAAUGACCCUCCCGCUGUGAAGUGGGCCAGCGUGAGCAACCCUCUCUUCCUCCCGCUGAUCCCACCUCAGUCACAAGGCUUCACCGCCAUUGUCCUCACCUAUGACCGUGUGGAGAGCCUCUUCCGGGUCAUCACCGAGGUUUCUAAGGUGCCCAGUCUAUCCAAGCUUCUGGUCGUCUGGAAUAAUCAGAAUAAAAACCCCCCAGAAGAGUCUCUGUGGCCCAAAAUCCGAGUUCCUUUGAAAGUUGUGAGGACUGCUGAAAACAAGCUGAGUAACCGUUUCUUCCCUUAUGAUGAAAUUGAGACAGAAGCUGUCCUGGCCAUUGAUGAUGACAUUAUCAUGCUGACCUCCGAUGAGCUGCAGUUUGGUUAUGAGGUGUGGCGGGAAUUUCCUGACCGGCUGGUGGGGUAUCCUGGCCGCCUGCACCUCUGGGACCAUGAGAUGAACAAGUGGAAGUAUGAGUCAGAGUGGACUAAUGAAGUGUCCAUGGUGCUCACCGGUGCUGCUUUCUAUCACAAGUAUUUUAAUUACCUGUAUACCUACAAAAUGCCUGGGGACAUCAAGAACUGGGUAGAUGCGCACAUGAACUGCGAAGACAUUGCCAUGAACUUCCUGGUGGCUAAUGUCACGGGGAAAGCUGUCAUCAAGGUGACCCCACGCAAGAAGUUCAAGUGUCCAGAAUGCACAGCCAUCGACGGCCUCUCACUAGACCAGACUCACAUGGUAGAGCGGUCUGAAUGCAUCAACAAGUUUGCUUCUGUCUUUGGAACGAUGCCUCUCAAGGUGGUGGAGCAUCGAGCUGACCCUGUGCUGUACAAAGAUGACUUUCCCGAGAAAUUGAAGAGCUUCCCAAACAUCGGCAGUUUAUGAGGCAUGGAGGAGGGGAGACAGGCCUUCCCACCUCUCUAUGGUCUAGGGCUCAGGGUGAAGGUGGCCAGGGUGGGGGGUCUCACCUCCCCAAGCUCCCAGAAGCCUCUUGAGCUACAUAGCAGCCCCUUGAGGCACACAACCCACCCUGUCCCCCCAUCUCCAGUGGGUUCUCUGAAAAUGCAGAGAGAAGAAGCCUUGGGGAUGUGCUUCAGGUUUGAGCCCAGCAAAGUGCCCUCGGCUUGGGGUCCAAGUCACUGUCUCACUGGUGCACAACUGCCUGAUAAGAGGUGGCUGCUGGCUACUUUAGAUCCCUGGAGUCCUGGCAGAGGUGUUAGAGAUGUUACAUCACUGGACUCUGGAGGUGCUGCCAAACCCAGUACCUGUGGUUAGAACUGUGUUUAGGACCUGAGUCACCAGCCCAGGAGCCAAGUCAUAGCCUGGCAGGCCCUGAACAACUCUUUGGUUUGGCUUUUUGAUACAAUUAAAAUUAUUUACUCCUUUUUCUACUGUUAUGAACACUGAUUCUCAGUCAUCCAAGGACUCUCCCUUCUUCCUUGUACAUAACCCCAUGUUCUAGCCUAAUGACCAUCUGGGAAGAUGCAGCCAGGAGAAAUACCUGGCAUCAUGUGUAUCAAGUACAAGGAGGGUCCAGUGCAUGAGCAUCCUAAGAGAAAUGAGUCUGAGCUGCCAGAGGGGUCUUUUUGCCCCUGCCUUGGGUGUUUAUAGGUAUACUAGGAAGCAGGUGACCCCUGAUUGCCAACCCAGAGUCACUCUGGCUGGUAUUGUAUUGUAAGAGCUCAAGGUAUUGUGACCCCCGCCCACAGCGGAUGCCCAAGUCUCCCUCAUUUUUUAACUGUAGCUCUAACAUUGCCCAGGGAGGUUCUGGCUAAUGUUAAACGCUGCUGUAGCAACUGCUCCACAGCAGUUGCUGGGAUAUUUAAAUCAUUAAAUUUCAGCAUUUACUAAUA